UUCGCGAAUUCAGUCCAGUCACUGAGUCAAAAGAUCCAUAAAUAAGCUGGUUGAGCUGAGCUUUGUUGGAUGGCAUAGAUUGAAGAUUCCAUAGAAUACAGAUUCCAGAUUCCUCCUUGAAGAUCUAACUUCGCGAUCCUUGACCGAACGCUUACGUGUGAUGGCAAAGCGACAAUGCUUUGGUGGGCUAUCCAACAGCUGCAACACGACGUUUCUUCGUUGUGGGGUCUGUGAGGAGUGCCGAUUGUCGUCUCGUUGCUACAUUCCCAGUUCCAAGCCGGAAAAUACCCUUCACGAUGCGUGCCGCUAUCCUUUCUCUCCUUCUUGCUGGCGCCGCUGCCUUUGCCCCUGCUCAGCAGGGUGCCCGCACUUCGGUUGCUUUGAAUGCGGAGGAAUUCUCAAAGUCCAUCCCUUUCUUGGUCCGACCUGAGAAACUCGAUGGAUCCAUGGCAGGAGAUAUGGGAUUUGACCCCAUGCGUCUGUCUGAUAUUCAGACUGACUUGACCUAUGCUCGUUGGGCUGAAUUGAAGCACGGACGCAUGUGCAUGCUUGCCAUUUGCGGUAUCGUCACCACUCAACUUGGAAUCCACUUGCCAGGAGAACAGUUCGCAACCACCGACAUCUUCGCAGCUCCCGCUAGCGUCGGAUUCGCUGGAAACCUUCAAGUCUUCCUUGGAAUUGGAACCAUCGAACUUAUGAACUUCUACAAACACUACGAUGGCAGUGAACCAGGUGAAUUACCCGGAUGGGAACCCCGUGGAUGGGACUCCGUGCCCGAGUCCACCAAGGCCGUCCGCAAAGAACAAGAAAUUGUACACUGCCGUCUCGCCAUGAUUGCUUUCACCGGCGCCAUUGUUCAGAGUCUUUUGUUCAAUGAGCCUCUUUUGGGUUAAACAUUUCAUUAUUCUUUUCAGUAAUGAAUAUGACAUUCUCCACGCCCAUCCUGUAGCGCUACCUGCUGGCUAGGUUUCAUAAACGCGUUUACUAGAUAGAACGCAUUUUGAGCC